UAGAAGCAGCUCAGAGUGGAUCGCAGCAGAACAAGGGCAGGGCACGGGCGGUUGGAGCUCGCCUGUUCACCGGUAGCGACCAGCUGGCUUGCCGGAUGGAGCCUAACACCGCUCCGUGCCCCGUCUGCCCGGCUUGGUAUGGCAAUAGCAGGUGGGUCCGCAAGUCCCGCAAGAAAGCCUCGGCCAACAUCUUCCAGGACGUGGACCUGGGACAGAUGCAAGCGCUGUUCAGGAAGAGCGGGGACGAGAACGCCGAGGAGCGGGCAAGGAUCAUCUGGGAGAAGGAGAAGCACGGGGAGCAGGACAUGGCACAGGCUCUGAUGGAGCUCAAAUCCAGGAAGACGCAGCUAUUCUUCCAGCACCAUAAAACUGGGGCAGAAUUCCUGGGGCUGCUCUGGAUGAAAGCCUUUAACAGACUGCGUAUCAAGGAUGGAGGAAAGAGUUCUGAGUACGAAUCCAGCGGCAGCGUGGAACGAUCGCAAAGAAGCAAGAUUAAGCGAAAAAGACUAAUUGCUAAGAAAUCCUUCAGAAAACUGCUGUAAAACGAGGAUUGUUGUUUAUGGAGUCUGCUGCAAAAUUCCUCGUCGUUAAUUUGCACCAAAUUAAACAAACAAUUGACUGCAACUUGCUGGGAGAUGAAUCGACUGCGUUUGUUUCGUUUCGGAUAUGAAACGUCUGUCUGUUCUGGCUCUGUAAAAUUUUUUUAUUAUUUAAAAUUGAAACACUAAAAAAGUAUCUUUUGGAUGACCGAUUACGUUCCGUUAUAUGUUUUCUGCAUUUCAAUAAAUUUGUCAGAAAAAAUUCAA